GAGUAAAUUGGUGGGUGGAUGCAACAAUGCUAACCGAUCGGAUCCAAUAAGACGACUCAUGGACACUCUCACAAUUCAAAAUAGUACGCAACACAACGUAACUUACACCAACGUAUUUCAACUCAGGUCACCCCAACUCAAUAAUGAAAAUCCUGCUGUGCGGUGGAGGCAAUGCCGUCCAUGUUCUUACUAGUUUCAUCGCUUCACAGCCUCGUCACGAAGUUUGCAUCUUGUCUCUUUACCCGGGAGAAGCCGAACGGCUAAAAGAUGCGAUUUCGGAGAAAGGCAUUCGGUGCACCCACGAUCUCGGAGACGAUGCAUACGGGAGGCCCGUUCGGAUAUCUUCUUCUGCAGAAGAUGUCGCCGAUGAAACCACCAAACUAGUUGUGCUAGCCCUCCCCUCAUUUGCCCAUGAGUCCUAUCUAAGAGCCCUGAAAACGUGUCUCAAACCGGGCAUUAUGGUCGGCGCCAUGCCUGGGGAGGGAGGGUUUGAUCUCCUGGCGAGGCAUGUCCUCGGAGACGCUUUUGUGGACGCCUCGACCGUCUUUGCACUGGAAACCCUUCCGUGGGCAUGCCGCAUCCUGGAAUACGGAACAUCAGUUGAGAUCCUAGGAACCAAGAAAGAAGUUGACGCCGUCGUUGCUUCCAAGAGAGGGGAACCACCCCAUAUGGCCAUAGAGGUCUUGCAGAGCCUGGUCGGAAGGCUUCCGGUGAUGAAACCUGCGUGCAACUUUUUGGCAGUGACGCUGAUGAACAUCAACUCGAUCUGGCACCCUACGAUCUCGUACGGGUACUACAGAGACAGAGAUGUCACCAAGCCCUUCGACGAGGCGCCACUCUUCUAUGAGGGCGCCGACGAGUACACGGGUGAGAUGCUAGCGGCCAUUUCAGACGAGGUUCUCGAGCUGAAGCGCGUUCUCGUUCAGAAGUACCCCGAACUCGACCUCCGUAGUCUUCACCACGUGAGGGACUGGAUGCUUCGCUCCUACGGCGAUGACAUCGGGGACACGUCUAACCUCCACACCAUGCUGCACACAAACAAGGGUUACAAAGGCCUUAGGCACCCGGUGAGGCCUGUUGUCGACGAUGAAAGCGGAAAGAAACAAUAUCUCCCCGAUUUUGGUUACCGGUACUUUUCGGAGGACGUUCCGAUGGGAUUGAUCGUGACCCGCGGGAUUGCGGAACUCGUGGAAGUGCCCACACCGAAAAUGGACCGCGUGAUUCUCUGGUGCCAGAAGCAAAUGGGAAAAGAGUACCUGGUCGAGGGAGGGACUCUCAGCGGCAAGGAUCUGGGGACUACACGGGCUCCACAAUCCUUUGGCUUUACGGAUCUGGAUACCUUUAUGAAAACGAAUCACUACGUCAAAGCAUAACAAUGUUCCAAUCAAAUUUCACUACGGUC